AUGUCCUCGUUGCAGAGUUCCACAGCUUUGAGAGGACCAUGGACAUGUACUAUACAUGACACGGAGCGUUACAACCGCUGGCGUCAGCAGCCCUGGUUCAAAGAUAAGCAACGCUCUUCUAUGCGACUCCUUCGUCGCGCUUACGGCAAAUGCUGGCCUUGGGGCUACUUCAUCUACCGCACAGUCUACACCCAGGAGUCUGAUCAGGUCUGGUCUGUCUGUCUGGAGAAACUCGACCGUUAUAUGCACUGGGAAAUUGACCGCGUCGACAGUGACCGGUAUGCAGAGGCCGAGGAAGAGGACCAUGGUUCUCCUGAGAAGCUUGUCCGUGAGUCAUACAAAAAUGUGAUCCUUGAGGACAAGCAACGCUGGGACGGUGCAUCAAUCGAGCAGAUCCGCGAGGAUUUCAAGGCCCUUAUUGCGUCUCGGGGUGCUGAGAUAGGGGCCGUUGUUCCGCGGUAUGCAGUCUGUCUAGUCAUUGAUCAACACUGCCUGGAUUCGAUCAUGCGUGAUUUUGAGGAUCCAGAAGAGAGCAGGCAUGAGGGUGGGCCAGGGAAAGGAUUUGUUCUCAUGAUUGAUCCUGAGUUGGCACCUGGUCAUAGAAAAGAAGGGUAUUUGGGGUUUAUGCGAGUUGAGAUCAAUGAGCUUUUUUGGCUGACGGUAGAGUUGAACUCGUCAUUUUCGAUGAGUGAUAGGUGUCUAAGGGUGCAACCGGGCAAGAUACCAGUUUACGAUGGCGGUCUUGGUUAUGCGGUUGAUGAUCCAGCGUGGACUGGACCUAGGCCAAGAACACCCAUCAUUCACCGGUCAGUAUGCAAAGGGGACUGUCGGGAGCAUUUGGGAUCCAGCCAUGAACAGUAG